AUGAAUUCUUACGACUAUAAAAAUAAGAUGGAACUAUUACUGUCAGAUGUUAACACAUAUGCCAAGGUCAAAAAGGACCCUAUCCUUACCCUUACACGGAAUGUGAGAGCAUUGCUUACUAGAUGGCAGAAUCAAGAAUUUAUUUCGCCCGCUACUUAUAAGUUCUUUUAUUGCAGUGACGGAGUCCUUCCGAGAGCCUAUGGACUUCCGAAAAUUCACAAACAAAAUCAUCCUUUAAGAAUUAUAGUUUCGUUCAUUGAUGGACCUCUACAUAAUUUAGCUAGGUUUUUACAUAAUAUAAUUUCUACCAGCAUCCCUAAAGCCAAUAGCCAUAUUAAAGACAGUUUUCAAUUGGUUAAUAACUUAAAUGGUCUACGUCUGGAGGAUGAUUACAUUUUGAUCUCUCUCGACGUUGUCUCACUCUUUACUAAUGUUCCUACCGAUCUCGCUAUAGACAGCAUUUGUAACAGGUGGGAGCAUAUCGCGGAGAAGUGCGAUAUUUCCAGAGACGAAUUCAUCCUCGCGGUACGACUUAUUCUUGACUCUACUUAUUUUAGAUUCAACAACAAUGUAUACAAACAGAAUUUCGGAUCUCCCAUGGGUUCUCCAUUGUCUCCUGAUCUCGCGGAUUUAGUCUUACAAGACAUAGAGACGAGAGCAAUAGGAAUGCUCAAAUUCAGGAUACCGUUUUUCUUUAGAUACGUGGACAAUAUUGCGAUGGCCAUACCUCGUGAUAUGGCUGAUUCUGUUCUACAAACUUUUAAUUCUUUCCAUCCACGGCUACAAUUUACCAUAGAGAUCGGUGACAGGAAACUUCAUUUUUUAGAUACCACCAUUAUCAACAACAAUG